AUGAACAUGGAAUCUACCACUGGUGGAUAUCGCAACAUACGUGUGUGUUCUCCCCUUUCGUGUCGCAUUACUUUUGCUGGACUUCUUCAUGCGCCAUAUUUAUUGCUGUUCCCAUGUUUUUUUUUUUUUUUUUGGGGGGGGGGGGGUUUUAUUUUGUCACCGUUGCUUAAACUUUUUUGUUUUCUUUUCCUUUACAAAUCCGCGCAGACUCGUCUUUCCGCCUUUUUUUUACACAAUGUUUUUUCUUUUUUCUUUUUGGACUUACUAGUUAGCUUGACGAAGAAAAAAAAAAAAAACAGUGGGGAAGGGAAAAAUUUGGGGAAAAGAAACAUGUCUGCUGCUAACGCUACACAGCAGGUCAUUCCGAAGGCUUUUCCUAAAAUAUUACACCGAUAUGUUGGUAGACCGAGGGUGUUUGAGUGUUUGAAGCCGUACGAGAAGUAUUAUGUGGUGGCUUACUUGAACUCCGUUUACAACGCAGCGCCUCUUUUCAAGUGGUCGCUCAGUAUUGUUCCACUUUACGGCAUUUUUUCUGGAAGCGUACCGGUGGAGAAGGUGGAUUUUAAUUCCAGUGCCGCUCUCAGCAUCACGGGUCUUGUAUGGUUUGUGUAUGCGCUUCUUAUUCAGCCGCAGAACUCUGGGAGUCGUUCAUUGGCUCUCGUUAACAUGUGUCUGGCUUCCGUAAACGGGUACAACUGCUACCGCAGCUGGGCCUACAAGAGAGUCAAGGCAUUGGAUAGUUAG